AUGACGCUGCUCAUUCUUACCGAGACGGCCGCCGGCUAUGCGCUGCUCAAGGCGAAGGACAAGAAACUCCUCAAGCGGGACGAUCUGGUCUCCGAACUGGGUAGCGUUGAAAAUGUCACGUCUAUGCUGAAGUUGAAGGAGUUCCAGAAGUUCGACAGUGCUGCAGCGGCCCUUGAAGAGGCGGCUGCCAUUGUGGAAGGAAAGGUCACCCCCAAACUCGCCUCCCUCCUCAACACGCUGAAGGACGAGAAGAAAAUCUCUCUCGCAGUCGCUGAUCCCAAGCUGGGUAAUGCAAUCGGCAAGAUCCCAGGCCUCGAGAUCAAAGCCAUCGCCGACUCCGCAACCGCCGACCUCUAUCGAGCCAUUCGAGAGCACCUGCCAUCCCUCAUCCCAGGAUUGAUGCCGGAAGAUGUCAAGACAAUGUCUUUGGGUCUCUCGCACUCGUUAGCCAGACACAAACUCAAAUUCUCGCCGGACAAGAUCGAUGUCAUGAUUGUGCAGGCUAUAGGUCUCCUGGAUGACUUGGACAAAGAAUUGAACACGUAUGCCAUGAGAGUGAAGGAGUGGUACGGGUGGCAUUUCCCUGAACUGGCCAAGAUCCUCAACGACAAUCUUGCCUACGCCAAAGUGGUUCUCAAGAUGGGCAUGCGGACCAACUAUGAAAAAUGCGACCUGGGUGAAAUUCUACCUGAAGAGAUUGAGGCUGCGGUGAAAGCUGCCGCGGAUAGAUCCAUGGGCACGGAGAUUACUGAGGAAGAUCUGGAAAACAUCCAAAGUCUGGCUGAUCAGGUGGUUCAGUUCACAGAAUACAGAACGCAACUGGCCAGCUAUCUCUCAGCACGAAUGAGGGCCAUUGCGCCCAACCUCACCACUCUUGUCGGCGAGCUGGUGGGCGCUCGACUGAUCGCACACGCCGGGAGCUUGAUGAACCUGUCCAAGAGUCCCGCCAGUACGAUACAGAUCCUGGGAGCCGAAAAGGCCCUUUUCCGAGCUCUGAAAACAAAACACGACACCCCCAAGUAUGGUCUCAUCUACCAUGCUUCCCUCAUUGGUCAGGCCUCGGGCAAGAACAAGGGCAAGAUGGCAAGAGUCCUGGCUGCCAAAGCAGCGCUCGGAUUGAGGGUGGACGCCCUGCAAGACUGGGGUGAUGACGAGGCAAACAUUCCCGAGGAUGAGAAAGCCGCUCUUGGACUAGAAGCUCGAGCCAACCUUGAGCGCAAACUGGCCGCAAUGGAAGGCAAGCCGCUGAAGUCGCGAGGAGUCGCCAUCGCUCCCAACGGCGUGUCUACGACUCAACCCGCGAAAUGGGAGAUCAAGGAAGCUCGGAAGUACAAUCCGGACGCUGAUGGUCUGGCGGGUGAUGAAGCUCCGGCCAAGAAAGAGAAGAAGUCCAAGAAGGACAAGAAACUCAUCCAGGAGAUCUCGGAAGAUACCACAAUGGGCGAUGAUGACGAAGAGGCUGAAUCUCAACCGGACGAACCGAUAGACUCUGAUGAAGCUGCGGCUGUCACUCCAUCCAAACCCAACGGCGUCAAUGGAACAUCUGACAACUCCGCCAAGAAGGCCGAAAAGGACAGAAAGCACGCCGAGAAAGAGGCACGCAAGCUUGGCAAGAAGGGAGGGAGCGAAGAGUCCAAGGUCGAGGCCUUGGCUGCGAAAUGCGGCUUAAGUGUCGAAAGGUACAAGAGGAAGCUUGAACGAGGAGAAAUUCAGUUCCAAGAGGACGGCACGCCGGUCGCCAUCUCCAAGAAAGAGAUCAAGAAGGCAAAGAAACAAGCGGAAAAGGCAGCAAACGGCGAGGUCGACGGCGGCAAGAAGCGAAAACGGACUGAAGAAGAGGUCGCCGAGCCGUCCAAGCCAGAAAAGAAGAAGAAGCGGAAAGAAAAGGCUUAA